UUCAACGCUUGAUGACGUUUUCGCCAACAUGGCGGCUUCCAUUAGCUGUCACACUGGAGUACUCAACCUAGUGGAGACCUGACUGUUUCUGAAAUCUAAUAUAUGCUUUUAAAUGAGGAUUUUAAUCCUCAGAUGUUUUUCCGAUGCGAAGAUAUGUUCGAUAUGCAGUGCGAAGCCACAAUAUUGUUUCUUUAUUCAGAAAUAACAUAUUAGUGUGCUGAUAGAGAUGAUGUCUCUGUUUAGAUCCCACGGGCUCUUUCUGCCCUUUAUCAAACGCUUUCCUGAUAUUAAAGUAUGCCGCGUUAAACGCAGAUCUCAGGGCUCAGUGACCACAUGCACAGUGAUCAGACACAGAUGGAUGAAAAGCUCUAGUUGGAGUAUCAGACCUGUCAGAGAAUUCAGCUCUAAUGCAUCUGAGAAGGAGAAUCUCGACAUGUCAAAGUUCCCAGUGGAGAGAAUUCGAAAUUUCAGCAUUAUUGCUCAUAUUGAUCAUGGCAAGAGCACUUUAGCUGACAGACUCCUGGAGAUUACAGGUGCCAUUGCAAAGACAGCGAGCAACAAGCAGGUGCUGGAUAAACUGCAGGUGGAGAGAGAGAGGGGAAUCACUGUUAAAGCUCAAACUGCAUCUCUCUUUUACCAGCAUGACGGACAGACGUAUCUGCUCAAUCUCAUCGACACACCUGGCCAUGUUGACUUCAGCUAUGAAGUUUCACGGUCCAUAUCCGCUUGCCAAGGAGUUCUGCUCAUUGUAGAUGCAAAUCAGGGAAUUCAAGCCCAAACAGUCGCCAAUUUCUACCUGGCAUUUGAGGCUCAACUGACAAUCAUCCCUGUGAUAAACAAGAUUGAUUUGAAAAAUGCUGAUCCAGAGCGAGUGGAAAAACAGAUUGAGAAAGUCUUUGAUAUUCCAAAGGAAGAGUGUAUUAGGAUCUCUGCGAAACUGGGCACAAACGUGGACCAGGUUCUCCAAGAGGUGGUGAAACGGAUUCCUCCACCAAAAGCGUCAGUGGACGAUCCAUUUAAAGCUCUUGUUUUUGACUCCACCUUCGACCAUUAUAGAGGAGUAGUGGCCAACAUCGCUCUGUUUGGUGGACGCGUGUCCAAAGGAGACAAGAUCGUCUCUGCCCAUCUGGGAAAGUCAUAUGAGGUCAACGAGCUGGGCCUUCUAAGACCCGACGAACACCCGACAGACACACUGUAUGCUGGGCAGGUGGGUUAUGUGAUUGCAGGGAUGAAGGAAGUGAAGGAAGCUCAGAUUGGAGACACACUUUACCUCCAAAAACAGCCUGUGGAGCCGCUGCCGGGGUUCAAACCAGCUAAAGCCAUGGUCUUUGCAGGCAUGUAUCCCAUGGACCAGUCAGAAUAUACAGCCCUGCGCAGCGCUGUGGAGAAACUGACGCUGAACGACUCCAGCGUGACGGUUCAAAGAGACAGCAGUUUAGCUCUGGGGGCCGGAUGGAGGCUGGGAUUUCUGGGUUUGCUGCAUAUGGAGGUGUUUAACCAGCGUUUAGAGCAGGAGUAUAACGCAUCUGUCAUAGUAACAGCUCCGACUGUACCAUACAAGGCUGUGCUAGCAUCUGCCAAACUCAUAAAGGAACAUGGUGAAGAAGUGAUCACCAUCAUAAACCCUGCUCAGUUCCCUGAUAAGUCACAGGUCGUGGAGUAUCUGGAACCCAUGGUGAUGGGAACCAUCAUUGCUCCAGAUGACUUCACUGGGAAGAUCAUGACCCUGUGUCAGAGCCGCAGGGCCAUUCAGAAGAACAUGUUUUACAUUGAUGAGCAUCGGGUGAUGAUGAAGUAUACCUUCCCUCUAAAUGAAAUAGUGGUGGAUUUUUAUGAUGAGCUGAAAUCCAUGUCAUCAGGAUAUGCCAGUUUUGAUUAUGAGGAUGCUGGUUAUGAGGCUGCUGAUCUGAUUAAAAUGGACUUCCUUCUCAACGGGCGGCCAGUGGAGGAACUUGCCACUAUCGUUCAUAAAGACAAAGCGUACAGUGCGGGGAAAGCCAUAUGUGAGAGACUGAAGGAGUCCAUCCCCAGACAGAUGUUUGAGAUUGCAGUGCAAGCAGCCAUCGGCAGCAAGAUCAUCGCCCGAGAAACGAUAAAAGCAUAUCGAAAGAAUGUUCUAGCAAAAUGUUACGGCGGUGACAUUACACGAAAAAUGAAGCUGUUAAAAAAGCAGGCUGAGGGAAAGAAGAAAUUGCGGCGCAUUGGAAACAUCGACGUCCCAAAAGACGCUUUCAUCAACGUUCUUAAACGGAAGUAGUUCCCUUGGGAACGUAAUCAUAACAGACAUCAAAGCCUGUGGAUGAUUUGUGAAUAUGCACAUGCCAAUGUACAGCAUGAUGAUUGAUUUAGAAACGCUAUUAAAGUUCAUAUAACUAA